GCCACUGAGUCAGCAUCGUUGAAGUUCUCUCUUCUGCAGCUGUCAUGUCUAAGUCAGAGUCUCCCAAAGAGCCGGAACAGCUCCGGAAGCUCUUUAUCGGAGAUUUGAGCUUUGAAACAACAGAUGAGAGUCUGAGGAGCCACUUUGAGCAAUGGGGAACGCUCACAGACUGUGUGGUGAUGAGAGAGCCAAGCACCAAGCGUUCGAGAGGCUUUGGGUUUGUCACCUAUGCCACUGUGCAGGAGGUGGAUGCAGCCAGGAAUGCCAGGCCACACAAGGUGGAUGGAAGAGUUGUGGAACCAAAACCAGGUGCCCACUUAACUGUGAAAAAGACUUUUGUUGGUGGUAUUAAAGAAGACACUGAAGAACAUCACCUAAGAGAUUAUUUUGAACAGUAUGGGAAAACUGAAGUUAUUGAAAUCAUGACUGACCGAGGCAGUGGCAAAAAAGAGAGGCUUCACUUUGUAACUUUUGGUGACCAUGACUCUGUUGACAAAAUUGUCAUUCAGAAAUACCAUACUGUAAAUGGUCACAACUGUGAAGUAAGAAAAGCCCUAUCUAAGCAAGAGAUGGCUAGUGCUUCAUCUAGCCAAAGAGGUCGAAGUGGUUCUGGAAACUUCGGAGGUGGUCGUGGAGGUGGUUUUGGUGGGAAUGACAAUUUUAGUCGUGGAGGAAACUUCAGCGGUCGAGGUGGCUUUGGUGGUAGCCGUGGUGGUGGUGGUGGAUAUGGUGACAGUGGGGAUGGCUAUAAUGGAUUUGGUAAUGAUGGAAGCAACUUUGGAGGUGGUGGAAGCUACAAUGAUUUUGGCAAUUACAACAAUCAGUCUUCAAAUUUUGGACCCAUGAAAGGUGGAAACUUUGGAGGCAGGAGCUCUGGCCCCUAUGGUGGUGGAGGCCAAUACUUUGCCAAACCACGAAACCAAGGUGGCUAUGGUGGUUCCAGCAGCAGUAGUAGCAAUGGCAGUGGCAGAAGGUUUUAAUUAUGCCAGGAAACAAAGCUUAGCAGGAGAGGAGAGCCAGAGAAGUGACAGGGAAGCUACAGGUUACAACAGAUUUGUGAACUCAGCCAAGCACAGUGGUGGCAGGGCCUGGCUGCUACAAAGAAGACAUGUUUUAGACAAUACUCAUGUGAAUGGGCAAAAAACUGGAGGACUGUACUUGUGACUAAUUGUGUAACAGGUUAUUUUAGUUUCUGUUCUGUGGAAAGUGUAAAGCAUUCCAACAAAGGGUUUUUAAUGUAGUUUUUUUUUCCUUUUUGCACCCAUGCUGUUGAUUGCUAAAUGUAAUAGUCUGAUCAUGACGCUGAAUAAAUGUGUCUUUUUUUUUUUAAAGGUGCUGUGUAAAUUAGUCUACUCUGAAGCCAUCUUGGUAAAUUACUCCAACAGUGUGAAGUUAGAAUUCCUUCAGGGUGAUGCCAGAUUCCAUUUGAAAUUUAUUUACAACCUGCUUGGGCACAUAAUACCAUUGUCUUCAGAAACCUUGGUGUAGUUGAAUUGAUAAGCUACUGUGUUGUGACCUGGAGUUCACCAUUAAAAGGGUCACCCAAGCAGAGUCAUGGAGUUUAUUUGGUUACUAAUGGUUGUUGGCACAUCCUAUGCUGUAUACUAAAUUGAAUUAUGGUACCAGAUAAAAUUACAGAUGGGAAUGAAGUUUGUGUAUCAUCCAUUAUCAUGUGCAAUCAAUAAACGAUUUAAUAUCCUCUUGAA